GCAAAUCUUCAAACUCACUCUCUUUUAAAGACAUCAUUACACAAGAAUCAUCAGAUAAAAAUGGAAAAGACCUCAACUGUUUCAUUGAUUAAUUAUCAAGAACAGGACUAUUCAAAUAUGUUGAACACUUCCACGGUUGAACCUAACAUUUCUACUUUACCGCCAGCCAGAUCACCGUCUCUAAGUGAUAUCGAUUAUAGUGAAUUUGUUAGACGUUGGUUUUAAUUUUUUGUAAUGAUAGUUUUGUUCUUAAUUGGAACGUUCGGAAAUAUACACACAAUACUAGUUUACUGGCGUGUAGUAGAAAUGCAAGAACGUUCCCAUGUUCGUACAAUAAUUAUCUGGCUCUCUGCUGUAGACUUAACUACAUGUGUCGUAGUUAUGCCUUUCGAGACGAUUCUCGUUCGCUUAUGGUUUUCCGUAUCAUCAAAUGCUGUUUGCAAACUAAUUCGAUAUAUCGCUCACACGACUGUCGUCUCUUCAUGCUUGAUUUUAACUGUAAUUGGACACGAGAGAUAUAGGAAUAUCUACAGUAUAUUGUUAGGUACAAAAUCAGAAGAACGUCGUGUGAUUUGUAAAAUAAACAGAUGGUUAAAAGGAAAGUCUACUCAUUUUCGUCAAAAUUUCAUUUGUUCUUUUAUCUUAAUAUUUUGCUCUGUUUUGUUCACCCCGAUUUUCGUCUUUCUUGGGAUUGAAACGGUUCCAUUGAACUUUCCAAAUAUAUAUGGAACGCAAUGCAUAACGCUCAAACAGUACAGAUCUAGCCUGACCGCUGGAUUGUAUUCAGCGGUAGGCGGUUUACUUGGGUUAUUUUGUUUCAUGUACUGUUGUUUUUGCUAUGGAAAGAUAUUAUACUUAAUUUACAAACAGUAUAAGAAAGAAAAAGCAAGACGAAAAACCAGCAUUCACCUGAGAGCAAAGGUUCACAAGGCACAGCAAUCCUCUAACUACAAAAAAAGAAAACCGAAAUACAAGGUUACAAUUAGUCUACUUGCCGUGACUUUACUCUCGUUCUGUAGUUUGGUUCUUUAUUCCAUUGGAUCAGCAAUUAUAGUCUCGAAUUCACCACUAAAAGAUGCUACCAUUACACUUCUUCUGAUGCGGGCUUGUUUUAUUAAUAAUGCAUGUAAUCCCAUUAUAUAUUUUAUUUGUGACAACAAAUACAGACAGGCUUGCAAGAAACUGUAUAUAAAAUAAAGCUAAACAAACAAAACGUAUAUAACAAAAGUGAGGAAAUUGCAUGAUUCCGAAAAGGAGCAAGAUCGGGUGCAUCGAAUGUGACGGCAUUUCCGGCUAUGCAUAAAUCACCCACCAUGUAAAACAAUUGGAACAUUUUUAAAAAGAAUUCAAAGACCAAGAAUUGGAAUAUGGACGAAUGAAAGUUUUACCAAU